GGAUAUAGGCGGGGUUCCCACUUUUAUUGACGAGGAAGUUGCGGCGUGCCUUUGUGCUCAGUUGGCAGCGACGCUCAACAGGACAAACCUCCGCAGCAGCAGCGGAGUUUCUGCUGAGGCAUUCUGGACAUUCCUCCAUCCUCUACCUGUCAGACAGGUGUGCUCGGCUGGCUCGGCGGACGCGUCGGGGCGCACGGAGGCAGCGCGGGAAGGUGGCGUGCAGGGCGCCGUUCACGCUCAUCUAUGGGUGAAACUCUGCGUAAAGCGUGCCCGUGUCUGGAAGUAUUAUGGCAAAGGAUCUUUGGCAGCAAAAACAUCUCGGAUGGGGUCGAUGCCGAGGAUCCGCAGAGGGUAUCGAGUCCAACGCCGCAGCCGUCGCCGCCGCAGCCGUCGCCACCGCCACCGCCGCCAGGGGACAAGCCCGUGGAGAGCGGCUCCAUCUACAUGGCGCUGUGGUCGUUUGAAUCCCGGCAUCAGGACGAGCUGUCGUUCCAGGAGGGGGAUCUGUUCAGUGUCAUCAGUCGUGCCGGGGACUGGUGGACGGCACGGAGGAUAGACAGGAACGGGCGCGUCCUGGCCACCGGGAUCGUGCCCAGUAACUACCUGGCGAGGGGAGAGUCCGUGGACGCGCAACCGUGGUUUUUCGGGGAGAUGAACCGCUUCGAGGCCCAGAGCCACCUCCUGAGACCGGAAAACAAAGAGGGAGCUUUCCUGAUCCGCAUCAGUGAGAAAGAUAACGUUGGAUACGUUCUCUCAGUGAAGUCAGACAGUCGGGUGAAGCACUUCAAGAUCAUGCACCAAGAAAGUGUUUACUUUGUGGAGCUGAAUCAGAACUUCACCUCUCUGAUCGACCUGGUGGAGCACUACAGCACACACCGCCUGAGCACCACCAACAGCCUGGGAGAGCCCUGCAAGAGGGAGACAAGACCGCAGCUCCUGGACUUGUCCCAUUCCACGGUGGAUGAAUGGGAGCUCCCGAAGGAGGAGUUUACCCUGGAGGAGCGUCUGGGCAGUGGCCAUUUCGCUGAGGUCUACCGGGGACGCUGGAAGAAUCAAAUCAGCGUCGCCAUCAAGAUAAUCAAAACCGACUCUGAGCUGAAUCACAGUGAAUUCCAGAAGGAAGUUCAGAUCUUGAAGAGUCUCCGUCAUCGUCACCUCAUUUCUCUGUUUGCCGUCUGCAUGUCCUCCUCUCCUUACUACAUCAUCACCGAAUUCAUGGAAAAAGGCAGCCUGCUCACCUUCCUCAGAAGUCCAGAGGGAGAGCAUCUGGAGCUGCCGUCUCUCAUCGACAUGGCAGCCCAGGUGGCUGAUGGGAUGUCAUACCUGGAGGAGCGGAACAGCAUCCACCGAGAUCUGGCCGCUCGCAACGUGCUGGUGGGAGAAAACUGCAUCUGUAAGGUGGCCGACUUCGGACUGGCACGGGUUAUCAAGGAGCCGUUCUACAUCACGGCGGAUAAGAAGAUCCCCUACAAGUGGAGCGCUCCCGAGGCCAUCAGCCACGGAAAGUUCUCCAACAAGUCAGACGUCUGGUCCUUUGGCAUCUUGCUCUUUGAGAUCAUCACCUACGGAAGCGUUCCAUACCCAGCCUACAGCAACCUGGAGGUGUACCAGCAGGUCACCAAGGGAUACAGGAUGCCUGCUCCGCCCAAAUGUCCCGACUUCCUCCAUGAAAUCAUGUUGAAAUGUUGGAGCGCCGAGCCCGCCGACAGGCCCGACUUCAAAGUCCUCAAGUGCAAACUGGAAAGUUCCUACGAGCUGGAGUGACCGUCGUGACAUCGUGUGCAUCGUGAAGGCCACGGAGGAGCAGCAGCGACGCGGUGUGUUCACAGCAGUGCACGCCGGACUUGUCCUGUGGGGACUCAUGAGUUUAAAAAGUUUUUCCCCUCCAACGCCAAAGCUGAUUUUGCAGGCUAUCACAUGGACUAACUGUGUGUCUGUAGCCUGCAAAUUUGCAAACCCUAAACCUGGAGGUGGAAAAGCAUAGCCAACACAAAAUAGCAAGCAGGUUCAUUUUGGAUAUCAGGUUGAGGUCCCUUUGUAAGAUUUGUUUUUGACCAGACUUUAGGACGUGAACCUGCACUUGAAAACCACCUUUACAGAGAAUGUAGAGUUUGCAAAUUGAUUAAUACAAAAAGAAAGUAUGGAGAGUAUAGUAUUAUCUGGGUUUUCAACCUAGAGGUGACAGUUAGUAUAAUCUGAUGGGUGGGAAAUGAAGUUGGUUUCUCUCUAAGACUUAGCAUUAUUGGCUCCCAAAGCAAGUGUGGCCAAAAUAAAGUGGUUUUAACAUGUUUAACAUUGUAAAGACAGCACAUCCAAACUCAAAUCUGACUUGAUAUCACUCCGAUCUAUUUAUGAUCAAUGCCAGACUAUAAACAAGCGAGAGCUAGAGAUAGGGGUACGUCUGAAAAAUCAACGAUUGGAUGCAGGAGAUGAAAAAAAAAAAAAAAAAAAAACCCCGUAUCAACCACUCAGAUCAUACCCAAUUAUCAAUGUAUUUAUUUCAUUUCCUUUUUUAUUUAUGCAAAUUGAUGUAAAGACUUGGCUGUGAAUAAGCUUUACUUACGACUUCAGGCAGUGUUAAACUGGGGAGUGAAAGUGAUCAAACAACAGCUGGUACUGGUUUUGGAGGAGUAACAGCAGCAGAGCUAAUUACAGUACCAUUCAUUUCAAAUGGACCCUUGCAGAAACUCCAUUUGAAGGAAUGCAACACGUUCUCGCCUCUGAGGCAGAAGACAUUAUGGAGGAGCUGAAAAAAAAAAUGAGAAAUUCACAUGAUAAUGCAAAGGAGAAUCACGUAUUUUUAUUCGCUGGAUGAUUUAUUUUGCUGUCGGUGGUAGAAAUGCAGGUUUGGCUGUUUACUGGAGCCUUUGGAGCCGGUCACAUUCUGUCCUCUGUGGACACCUGGUGGACGGUUUGAAAGAUGUGACCCCAGUUAGAUUCCCAGUUUGUUUUCCCACUCAACAGAAUGAUUCGAGCUUUCCUUACUUAAGAAUGUGAAAUCUUGAAUUAUUGGGUGUUUGGCUGACCAUUGGUCCAGACUUUGAAGAAUCUUGGCCGACCGGGAAGAACAUCAGAUGGGAAUCACCGCUAGAUGGAGGCAGAGCAGACGCCAUCUCCAUCAUUUUUGUUUUGACUCUGUUUUGAGUCAGUAGUGAUAGAAGAUCCGCCAGAGAACCUUUGGUACAAAAGUAGAGCAGAGACGAAAGCCUUACAUGCUGUAUCAUAUAUCAGGAAUAAACUAAAUUCUAGCAGUGGUCUUAAACUGAUAAAAAAAAAAAAA